AUGGGUGAAAAAUUAUCCCAAUCCCCGGCAGCGGCAGCGGCCACUACCGACUCCCCCAAAUCCAAACACACCAAACUCACCUCCGAAAGGGCGCGCCUUCGACGCAACAGCAAAGAAGAGAAGCAAUCCUCAUCGAAACGCACGCUCAAAUGGCAACCAUCCUCGGAUGCUGAAACGCACGGCCGCAAAUCCGUCCUGACCGCGUACAUCCUGUGGCUGUUCGGUGGCCUGUUCGGUGUCCAUCACUUCUACCUACGACAGGAUCGUCGUGCAUUCAUCUGGUGGAGCUCCCUCGGUUACUUCGGUGUUGGAUGGAUCGCAGAAGUCUUCCAAAUACCGGCCAUGGUCCGUGACGCCAAUGACGACCCACGGUUUGUGGAAGAGUUCAACGCGCAACUGCGCACGAACCCGAAACCACCGUUCUCGACCGGGCGCUUUCUGCUCGCCAUCAUGAUCGGGUACUGGUGGGGUCAGAUGGUGAUGAUUGCGAUCCCACAAGCCGUGUUCUUUGGUCUCGAUUGGGGCUUUCUGCAUUGGGUUAUCCCGUUCGGUGUCGCGCUGGGUGUCUGGACGGUUGGCAACAUGGGUCGCGAGAAGGGUGUCUUCUGGCACUGUUUGGUGGCGUCCUAUGGUUCGUACCUUACGAGGUACUUCGUCAUGGACGAGGCUUACUGGUUCACGGCGAUGGCGUUCUGCAGUGCGUUUGCAUUCGACCACUUCUCGAAAGAAUGGAACCUAGAGGUGCCCAAACGGAAGCGCCUUGCAAAACGACUGGUGACACUGACCGCGGCUGCAGUGAUCUACCUCUCACUUUGGGGCUGCUUCGUGUACUUUAACGGUACGAUCACGGACAGCGAAGGUGACGAGGUGCCUGUCCACGAGGCGCUGUACAACUUCCUCAAGUCACCCUGGUGGACGGACCUGAAGCAAACACUGCACGAUACGCUCCAGUUCGCGAAACACAACGGUUGGGCGGAGGUCUGGAAGCAGAUCAUCGACUCGAUGGACGCCGAUGGUGAGCAGAACGCGUACAAGGUGCUCGGGAUCAGUGCGACAGCGUCACAGAACGAGAUCAACACGUUGUGCCGCAAUCUGUCGAAGGAAUCGCACCCGGAUAAGGUGAAGGACGAGAGUCGUCGACGGGCGGCCGAAGAGCGCUUCAUGGAGAUCCAGCAGGCUUGCGAGGUGCUGAGCAAGACGCGUCGGAAGCGCCGCCAGCGUAACAAAAAGUCUGACGAAUUGUAAUAGCGAUUGCGGGAUGAAAAGCAUGGGUGGCUUGUAAAUAGGACGCGUAGGACUCUGAACGAGACGCCCUUUGGAAGGGCUUCACUGAAUAUAGUAAUAAAGCAUACACAUAUUACU